UUGAAAGCUGUGGGCCAUCAUUCAUCCUACGGAGGUAGGCGAAGUGGCAGGGUUUGGGGUACGCUCUUAGCCCCACAAUGCUGCUGCUGUCCUGCUGGGCUGGACUCUGCCUGCUGCUGCUCUGCCAAAGCUGCUGGCUGGAGGCUGUCAGGGGUUUGGAGGAAGCAGUGAAGUGUGAAAGCAUUACUGAAGCAACCAUCGGUCAAGAGGCAAAUUUCUCUUGCAACUUCUUGCUCCCUUUGGAUGUCUUGCAAGUGACUUGGCAGAAGAUAAAUGGAUCGUUCUUCUGGAACAUAGCAACUUACAACCAAGCCCAUGGGCUGCGACUGCAAGAAUCAUUUCAGAGGAAGACACGUUUCACUGUAGCAGCCCUGAACACCUCAGCCAUCACUCUACUAAAUCUCACCUCUGAAGAUGCAUCCUGUUACAGAUGCAUCUUCAAUGUGUUACUUCGUGGCUCUUUCAGCAGCCCAGAGCUAUGCCUCAAAAUCCAGAAAAGUGGAAAUGCAAACAACAAAACAGAAGACAAAAUACUGGAUAUGGGUUUCUCCAAUACAAGAGGUAUUUCUGGUAUUCAGAAGAGAAUAGGCCUCGUGGUGUUCUUCAUAGGUGCUGUCUUAGCAACCUUGAUACUUCUCAUUACAUGGCUAAUCAAAAGAAGGAGGAGAAAACUUCAGACGCACAGACCAUAUAGCACACCUGAAAAGGAGAAAGGCUUACAGCAGGAAGAUGUAUGUGAGCAAUCCGGAAGCCUGACAAUGUCAAAGGUCCAAGGCAGCACUUAUCAAAAUGAGAGGCAGACACCAGGAUCUACACCUCGCAAAAGGCUACUAAAACUGUGGAGAAAUCUGGAAGGGAACAAAGAAAGAGAAACCUGGAAGAGAAAAAAGAGGCUUCCGAUUUCAGUGGAAGCUGGCAGCCAAGACAGUACCAUACAGAACAUAUCCCAUGAAGAGCUCACUGAUUUUAGCAAUGAUAUGCUGGGCUGCAAACUCAUGAAGAAUAACAGUGACACAGAGGAAUAUGAGGAGUCUGAAUUAUGCCCUGCCCUGGCUACUCCUUGGCCCAGUACAGGAGAGAAAUCAGCCCACCAAAGCCCUGUUGCUUUAAGUGCUCCUCUGGACUAAGGACAUCACGCGGGUGGGGAAUUCAAGCUAAGGGCUCAGAGGAAGAGACAGCCUACAGAGGCCCUCCUGGUGCUCUCUCAGCAGUCCUUCAGUCCCAGAAGUCAAGUGUGUAUACUGUCAAGAUAAACCACUACUGGAGCAUCUUUUAAAUGUAGGGGCCUUUGUUUUAUGAGGUUGUGGGAAGUGGGAUGGGAUGCAGUGGAAGACAAUGUAUAUUUUCUUAUUAAAUAACUUUCUAUUUCUUAGUA